AUGAAGAUUUUAUUGACCUUUUUGGAAAUAUAUUUUGUGUUGGCUGAUAGAAAAUUAGAGGAUGCUCACAAGUCGGCUCCGGAGAUUCUAGCAGCAGCGUACAAGCCGAUGAUCACUGAUGAAGGCCGUCUUGAUCUUUCAAACCCUUAUGCUCGCCUCUAUCAUAAAUUUCAUCUCCUCAACCACGGUCAAAAUAUGUUUUACCACGACUACUAUCAUUAUUAA